UGCUUUGUUACUGCAGCCUGGCAACAUAGUCCCUUGGUCAAGAGCCUGACGAGAGAGAGGCCUCGGACCACAUCCUCUUCUACCUCUAGGUAGGCAAGAGGCCAAUACCAAUCUCACCCUUACUCAACAAUGGCCUGGGCUCCAGAGAAAAGGCCAGAGCCUAAUCCAAAAGAGUUCAGAGCCGGCCGGGACGGCAGGGGUGGUGCCCAUGGCGGCGGCAGUGGCGGUGGCCGUGGAAGCGGCAGUGGCGGUGGCGGCGGCGGCGGCGGCGGUGGCAGAGGCCGAGGCCGAGACCAAGAGAGAGGCAGGGGCGGAAGCGGCAGGGGCGGGAGCGGCAGGGGCGGGAGCGACAACAUGCAGGCCCACCGCCCUGGAGAACCACCUCUGUGCUUUAAAUUAAACAACAACAUGAUUGGUAUGGUGAUUGGUCGUGGUGGGUCAAAGAUAAAAGACCUCCAGAGUACGACAAACACCAAAAUACAGAUCAUAAGAGGUGAUUUUGAAGCAGAGGUGAAAAUUUUUGGUGCCAAGGAUAUGAAAGCAAAGGCCAGGGCGGCUAUAGAAACUCUCAUUAAAAAGCAAGAACGAAGCUACACUGCAGAAUCCAGUGUUGAUAAUGCUGUCCCUCAGCCCCCUGUGGGAAGAGAUUUUCGCGCAGAUACCACUGGUAGACAAGUUCAGCCCCUGAUAGAUUGGGAUCAAGUCAGGGCGGAAGUCGUGGAGUGGGAAAAAAGAAAAUGGGCAGAUUUACCACCAAUUAAGAAAAAUUUUUACAAAGAAACCAAAGCAACACAGUCAAUGUCUCAAGUCCAGGUAGAUAUGUGGAGAAAGGAAAAUUUUGACAUAACGUGUGAUGACUUGAAAGAUGGUGACAAGCGUCCCAUCCCCAAUCCCACCUGUCAAUUUGAAGAUGCUUUCCAGCCCUAUCCUGAGCUUGUGAAAAUCCUGAAAAGAGCUGGUUUCCAAAAGCCAACGCCAAUUCAGUCACAGGCAUGGCCAGUCAUCUUGCAGGGCAUAGAUCUUAUAGGAGUUGCCCAAACUGGAACAGGCAAAACUUUGUCCUAUUUAAUGCCUGGGUUUAUUCAUCUCAAUAAUCAACCAGUAUCCAGAGAGGAGAGGAAUGGACCUGGCAUGCUGGUCCUUACACCCACUAGAGAAUUAGCUCUUCAGAUAGAAGCUGAAUGCUCUAAGUAUUCGUAUAAAGGUUUUAAAAGUGUUUGCAUUUAUGGUGGUGGGAAAAGACAUCAACAAAUACAAGACCUCACCAAAGGCAUAGACAUCAUUAUUGCAACUCCUGGACGACUGAAUGACCUGCAAAUGAAUAACUUUGUCAACCUACGAAGCAUAACCUACUUAGUCUUAGAUGAAGCAGAUAAAAUGCUAGAUCUGGGGUUUGAACACCAGAUAAUGAAGAUUUUAUUAGAUGUGCGCCCAGACCGCCAGACCAUUAUGACAAGUGCCACCUGGCCAGAUACCAUUCGUCGACUUGCUCAAUCUUAUCUGAAAGAGCCUAUGAUUAUUUAUGUUGGCACUCUGGAUCUAGCGACUGUAAAUACAGUGAAGCAGAAUGUCAUUGUUACCACAGAAGAAGAAAAACGAUCUCUUAUCCAACAAUUCCUCGAGAACCUAUUACCUCACGACAAAGUUAUCAUCUUUGUGAGCAGAAAACUUGUCGCCGAUGACUUAUCCAGUGAUUUAAGCAUACAACGUAUCCCUGUAGAAUCACUGCAUGGCGACAGAGAACAACAUGAUCGUGAACAAGCACUACAGGACUUUAAAACCGGAAAAGUGAAAAUAUUGAUUGCUACCGAUUUAGCAUCCCGAGGUCUUGAUGUUAAUGAUGUCACACAUGUGUAUAAUUACGACUUCCCACGCAAUAUCGAAGAAUAUGUACACAGAGUGGGGCGCACUGGAAGAGCAGGGAAGACUGGCACGUCAAUUACGCUCAUGACUCAAAAUGAUUGGAAGAUUGCCAGUGAAGUGAUUAAAAUUCUGAACCGAGCAAAUCAGAGUGUCCCCGAAGAUCUUGUAACAAUGGCCGAGCAAUACAACUUACAUAAUCAAAAAAAGGAGACAGGAAAGAAAUCAAAAUCUCGUGAAAAACCCAAGAAGUUUUGGUGAUGUCUACGCUGUAAAGUUGAAGUACACUACCUGAAGAUUGAAGAUAUGUUUAAGAUCUAUAAUAUUCAAGAGCCGUCAAGAAGUUUUAGAAACAUAUUAACAACUUAAGGACAUUCACCCAGUUCUUAAAUACAAGUCUUCAACGUUGUGUAUGUUCCUUAAUAAAAUCAAAAGUGUUUGAAAAAUGAAA